CAACAGCAACAGCAACAGCAACAGCAACAUCACCUGCAGCAGAAUGAGCAGCACUCCGAGCAACUAAAGCAGCCACAUUCGGAAAAUACGAUGCCACAGCUGGCGAUGGUGCAUGCUAGAUGGAUAGCACCGCCUCAGCUGGUCGAGAAUUGCAGCUUCAGCACCUUCCUGGACGAUCCGAGCAAUCUGCGCAAACUGUUUCUGCCGCGGCGCACUCUGCAGCUGCUGUCGGAGCUGCCGGACUUCCAGUGGCUGGUCAGGGGCUGCUUCGUGCGCGUUCGCUUGGAGCACGGCCAUCGUGUGGCUCAGAUCGAGAGCGUCGUCAAGUCCCAGCCGAGCAGCGAGCCCACAUUGGUCUUGCGCACUGGCAGCAAUCCGCGCAUCUAUCCGCUAACGCAGCUAGCCAACGCGUACUACGAGCGGAGCGAGCUGCUCGAAUGGCGUUACAUUUGGCAGAGCUGCCACUUCGAGCUGCCCAACAAGUGGCUCGUCGAACAGAAGCAUCAGGCCCUGGUCAACGCCAAUCUCCGCGUGCAGCAGAAGCUGCGCGAUGUUAAGCCCACGCACAAGCAGGAGUGCUUUAUCGAGAGCAAACUGCCCGCACUUGCAGCUGCCAGCACCGCCACUGCCACACCGCCGAGCACCACGCAGCACAUCAAGUACCUGGUGGAGCCCAUGGAGUGCUACAGACGCUAUCUGCCCACGACGUCGACAGUUACAGCUCCUGCCGACGCCACUGACACCCCGAGCAAGCCGUGCGAGACGACGAUUCCAAAUCCCCGAAAGAAGAAGAUUUCCCUAGACGAAUAUCGUGAGCGCUGUAUCAAGAAGAAGAAGACAUAG